UGUCAGGUGGUUUUCUCUUUACAAGCAGGCAAAAACACCGGGGCAGGCAGGCAUUCUUCCGACAGAGGCAGAAGAUCAAGCACUACAAAUGAAUGUCUCACUGCUACUUCAUGACUCCUGGUAAGAAAUCUCAGCUGCCUCCUGACGACUCGAUCUUCAGCUGCAGCCGACUGGUAACCUCAUCUUCUGACAUCGUUUGCCUCUGAGAACCAUCUCCUCAUGGCGAUCAACACCGACAUCGAGGACUGGGCCGGGAUUGGCAGCAGUGACUCUGGAGAGAGAGCGUGGCUGCUGCAGAGCCCCAGCGUGGACUCGGUGCGCCAGCCCGAGGCGGAGGAGAGGAGCCGAGGCGUGUCGCCCCUGGGAGCCGUCUUCAUCGUGGUGAACGCGGCGCUGGGCGCGGGGCUGCUCAACUUCCCCGCGGCCUUCAGCAUGGCGGGAGGAGUCACUGCAGGAGUGAUGCUUCAGAUGUCUAUGCUGAUCUUCAUCAUCACCGGGCUCGUAAUCCUCGCCUACUGCUCCUUGGUCAGUAAUGAAGCCACCUAUCAGGAAGUUGUUCGGGCCACCUGUGGGAAAGUUUCAGGUGUUUUGUGUGAAGUCGCCAUCGCUGUCUACACCUUUGGCACCUGCAUCGCCUUCUUCAUCGUCAUCGGAGACCAGCUGGAUCGCUUGAUCGCUGCAGUGGCUCACGUCUCGGACUCCGCUGGUCCCUGGUACACCGACCGAAAGUUCACCAUCGUCCUCACUGCCGUCCUGGUCAUCCUGCCUCUGUCCAUCCCCAAAGAGAUUAGUUUCCAGAAGUAUGCCAGCACUCUGAGUGUGAUGGGAACGUUUUACGUCACCAUCGUGGUCAUCGUGAAGUACAUCUGGCCCAACAAAAGCACAUCUCCAGAUUAUGUCCUGACCAGCUCUGCCUCCUGGACUGCAGUUUUUAAUGCCAUGCCCACCAUAUGCUUCGGCUUCCAGUGUCACGUCAGCUGCGUGCCGGUGUUCAACAGCAUGAGGAGGAAAGAGAUCAAACCGUGGGUCUUCGUAGUCACACUCAGCAUGAUCAUCUGUCUUUUUGUUUACACGGGAACAGGCGUCUGUGGUUACCUGACGUUUGGCUCCAGCGUGAGUCAGGACGUGUUGAUGUCGUACCCUCCUGAUGACGUCGCCGUGGCCAUCGCAAGAGCUUUCAUUGUCAUCUGCGUGGUCACCUCGUACCCCAUUUUACAUUUCUGUGGCAGAGCCGUCAUAGAGGGGCUUUGGCUGCGUUUCCGAGGUGAACAGGUGGAGGUGUGCGUGCGCCGCGAGCGCAGGAGGCGGAUCCUGCAGACGCUGGUGUGGUUCGUGGUCACGCUCAUCCUGGCGCUCUUCACCCCGGACAUCGGACGUGUGAUCUCGCUGAUCGGGGGGCUGGCAGCCUGCUUCAUCUUCGUCUUCCCGGGUUUGUGUUUGAUGCAAGCCAAGCUGUCGGAGACGGACGUCCGGACUCCGAGUUGGCAGGGACUGGUGGUCUUCAGCAUCGUCAUGGUAACUCUCGGCACUUUCAUCUUCGGCCUCACCACAUCAAACUCCAUCUACAAGGACGUCGUCCACUAAAAGCGCCGUCGUUUCGGUGGGAACUGUGCAGCCGCUGCUCGGGUCAGCUGGAUGAGAAACGUCUCAUCAUCACAAAACGCUGAUGGAUUCCAGACUUUGUUUUUACUUUCCUUUCUCUGUGAAGUCUCAGCAUGUUUUUUUUUUUUUUGUUGUUUUCAGACGGCUCCAAAGGGAAACAAGCCGGCUCUUCCUGUUCCUGGAAGCCGUGAAGGCGACUCAUUCCUGUCGGCGUCGUUAGAGGAAGGGUUUUUGUACAGAAAGGGUUUUAAUCAAAUUGAUUUUAAUGAUGGAAUUGUACCAAUUUGUGAGCUUUAACCGUGCAUGCCAACAUUUCUCACAGAAAAGGCAUGCUCUGGUCUGUAAUCGAACCCAGGGAUGGACUUUAUGUUCUGACUUCUCGAACGACAAUAUUUUACCUCACGUUUGUUUUUAUCAUCACAGGCUGUGAGGAUCCAACCUGACUGGAAACAAAACACUUGAUCAUGUUUUUAUUUAUGGAAACACUAACGGGUGGCAUUUAAAACUGAUGAAGAUUAUUAGAUUUCCUGAACUGUGAACUGAUUCAUACAAUCAAAUACAAAAGGUACAGUUGAUUAAUGUGAGGAGGGAAAUAAAUACCAGCCUGUCAGACUGGAGAUGCAGGUCUGGAUCUGUGCGUCAGCCAACAGGAAGUAAAAAAAAAAACAAGCGCCAUCUCUGAACGGUGCUGGCUCCUCACUGCUAAACAUCAAUGAGCUCAAGAAGCAAAACAACCUAAUUUUCCUGACAGGAAGUUAAAAGUUUACAUCAGUUAUUGAGGAGACUCUAAAUUUAUUUUAUCAGGAGAAAUAAAGUGAUCAUCUUUGCUUUAAAACUAAAAUGUGAACAUUUUCUUUUUGUUGCUUUGGUUCCCAAAUACAAUCAUCCUCUUAAAACUAAUUAAAAUUCACACAAUUUCCAUUUUAUCUGCACAAGAACUGAAGUAUAUUUAGAUAAAAUCAUUUGUGCAUUUUCAGACAGGAAACAGCAUUUAGCUCUGACAGUUUAGAUUUAAAUGAUUUUACAUAUUUUCUGUUUUUGUAAAAUCAAGUGAAACACUAUGUUGAUAUUGAACAAAGUCUAAAAGGGAUUUUCCUUUUUUUAUACUCAGAAAAUGUUAUUGUAAACAAUAUCAAAUAUGCUGCAGUCAGAAAAUGUUGGGUUUUAUUUAUUUAAACAGUUUUUUAUAGUUUGAUCAAUAAUUUGUGUCAUUU